UAUAUAUAUUAACAAAAGGCAAGAUGCUUAUAAAUAAGAAGAGUCCUGGUUGGAUUUGACAAAAUAAAGUGAUUCCGUGGGAUUUGCAUAAAAUUUAGACUCUCAAUUCUUUUAUUUCUGAUUCUCCCCUGUGGUGCUCUACAUUUGUUAAUAUGUGAUAAUUAUUCUGCUGUUUUAAGUGGAAUCCAUUGGCAAAAUGUCCCCCUCCUGUAUUUCUCCUGCCUAUAUUAAACACUCUAAAGCAGGGGUCCCCAAACCCCAGGCCAUGGACCGGUGAUCUGCUAGGAACCUGGCCACACAGCAGGUGAGUGGUGGGCAAGUGAGCAAAGCUGAGGUCCACCUUCUGCCAUUAGAUUCUCGUAGGAGCUUGAACCCUAUUGUGAAAGUGCAGGUUGUGCACUCCUUAUGAGAAUCUAGUGCCUGAGGAUCUGUCAGUGUCUCCCAUCACCCCCAGAUGAGACCAUCUAGUUGCAGGAAAUCAGAGCUCCCACAGAUUCUACAUCAUGGCAUAAUGAUAGAAAUAAAGUGCACAGCAGAUGUAAUGUGCUUGAAUCAUCCAGAAACCAUUCUCCCACCCCGCUCCCAUCCGUGGAAAAAUUGUCUUCCAUAACACUGGUCCCUAGUGUGAAAAAGUUUGGGGACCACUGCUCUAAAAAGAUAAUUAAUCAGAAUAAAGCCCAGUCCUUCCAAACUAAACAUGAGCACCUUGGAGCAUGUCUUCACCCCUCCUCUUUGUCUUUUUGACCACUCAUUUUCUGGUAGCCUCACCACUGUUGCUAUAGAAACAGUGAUAGCACCAAUUGUGAUUCUGAUGUCACUCUCCAGUCCCAGCAAGGGGGAGGUACAUGUAAGGCCACAGAAGGAAACAAGAUCUUGAGCUGAGCAAGAACAUCCCAGCAUCUUCACUGACUUUAAAAGUAUAUUCUGGAGUCUUCUGUGGUUCACUAUUCAAGUGCUACAGAGAUUCCUUAUAUUACAUGGCAGGAGGGGGGAUAAACUGAGGGAUGCUGAAAACAUCAAUAAAUUAAUCAAGAGUUUUCCUCAUAUCUCAGAACCUAUCGUGAGUAAGAAUGUCAGAUAAGGUUGACUGGUUACAAAGUCAAAAUGGAGUAUGCAAAGUUGAUGUCUAUUCUCCUGGAGACAGCCAAGCCCAGGACUGGAAAAUGGACACCUCCACGGAUCCUGUCAGAGUGCUCAGCUGGCUCCGCAGAGACCUGGAGAAAAGUACAGCAGAGUUCCAAGAUGUUAGGUUCAAGCCCGGAGAAUCAUCGUUUGGUGGGGAAACGUCCAACUCAGGAGACCCACAUAAAGGUUUCUCUGUAGACUAUUACAACACCACCGCCAAGGGCACUCCAGGGAGAUUGCAUUUGGAGAUAACUCACAAAGAGAAUCCUUUCCAGGGCCCCAGGGCCCAACUUGGCAACGAGAGUUCGGUAGAUGAAGUUUCCUUCUAUGCUAACCGCCUCACGAAUCUAGUCAUAGCCAUGGCCCGCAAAGAGAUCAAUGAGACAAUUGAUGGCUCUGAAAACAAAUGUGUCCAUCAGUCAUUGUACAUAGGGAAUGAACCCACCCCCACCAAAAGUCUCAGUAAGGUAGCAUCAGAGCUGGUGAAUGAGACUGUCUCUGCAUGUUCCAGGAAUGCUGCCCCAGACAAGGCUCCCAGCUCUGGAGACAGAGCAUCAGAAUCAUCACAAAAGCCCCCAAAUUUGAAAUACAAGUCCGUUUUGAAGAAGAAGGAGAGCACCAAGGAAAGACAGGGUCCAGAGGACAAGCCUGAUUCUAAGAAGUCUUUCUUCUAUAAGGAAGUGUUUGAAUCUCGUAAUGCGCAUUAUGCCAGAGAGGGUGGAAGGUUCCUUCCUUGGGAGAGAAAGAUGUUUCGAGGGCAGGAAAGGGCUGAUGACUUUGCAACUUCAGUUAGUGAAGGGAUUAUGACCUAUGCUAACAGUGUGGUAUCUGAUAUGAUGGUCUCCAUCAUGAAGACACUGAAGAUCCAAGUGAAAGACACAACCAUCGCCACCGUCCUGCUGAAGAAGGUUCUGCUCAAGCAUGCAAAAGAGGUGGUCUCAGAUCUCAUCGACUCCUUCAUGAGGAACCUCCACAACGUCACAGGGACCCUCAUGACUAACACAGACUUUGUCUCGGCUGUGAAAAGAACUGUUUUCUCUCAUGGAAGCCAAAAAGCCACAGAUAUCAUGGAUGCCAUGCUAGGGAAGCUGUACAAUGUGAUGUUUGCGGAGAAAGUCUCUGAGCAUAUCAGGAAAGCCAAAGACAAGGCUGAGAGUUAUUCCCUCCUUUCCAUGAAAGGAAUGGGUGAUCCUAGAAAACGAAAUGUGAACUUUGCCAUGAGAUCUGAAGCUAAAUUCAGAGAAGAAAUGUAUUCUGAAGCCAAAUCAGAGAAGGAGAAGACUUGUGCCGAAACUCUGGGUGAACACAUUAUCAAAGAGGGGCUGACUUUGUGGCAUAAAAAUCAGAAAGAAUGUAAAUCUCCAGGUUUCCAGCAUGCAGCCUUUGAAGCUCCCGACGCACAGUGUAAGCCUGCACCAGACAUUUCCUUUGAUUUCCCUGAAGAUAUUUGCAGUCUCAGCCCUCCUCAAUAUCCUCCAGAGAAACCUGAGAAUUUUGUGUUUAAUUCAGACUCCUGGGCCAAGGACCUGAUCAUAUCUGCCCUACUUCUGAUUCAAUAUCACCUGGCCCAGGGAGGAAGAAGGGAUGCACAGAGCUUCCUUGAAGCUGCUGGAACUCCCAACUUUCCUGCCAACAAAUCUCCUGUAGUUCCUGAUGAAUCCUGCCUGAAGACUGCUCACAAUGUAGAUGACCAAGAACAAGCAGAAAAGAAGGACCUAAUGAGCGUUUUCUUCAAUUUCAUCCGGAACUUACUUGGUGAAACCAUUUUCAAGCGUGGCCAUUGCUCUGAACCCAAGGUGCCGGAACAACUAGUUACGGAAGAUAUAAACUUGUGUGAAAGACCUUUAACCUCUUCACCCCCCAAACCAUGUGAACAUGAUGAGACCCCUGGUGCCGUUUCUGGGCUGACCAAGAUGGUUAUCAGUCAGCUAGAUGGCAACGUGAAUGGGCAGAUGGUAGAACAUCUGAUGGACUCAGUGAUGAAGCUGUGUCUUAUCAUUGCCAAGUCCUGUGAUACUUCUUUGACAGAGCUGGAAGAUGACAAGUCUGGAGAUGCCAGCAGGCUAACAUCAGCCUUCCCAGAUAGUUUAUAUGAGUGUUUGCCAGUCAAGGGCACAGGGACAGCAGAAACUCUUCUGCAGAAUGCCUAUCAAGCUAUCCAUAAUGAACUGAGAGGUAUAUCAGGACAGUCCCCUGAAGGGUGUGCAGCACCCAAGGUGAUUGUCAGCAAUCACAACCUAAUAGAUACAGUUCAGAAUAAGCAACUCCAAGCCGUCCUUCAAUGGGUAGCUGCCUCCGAGCUCAAUGUCCCUAUUUUGUAUUUUGCUGGUGAUGACGAAGGAAUCCAGGAGAAGCUACUUCAGCUCUCGGCUGCUGCUGUGGACAAAGGAUGCAGCGUGGGUGAGGUUCUGCAGUCAGUGCUAUGCUAUGAGAAGCAGCGCCAGCUGAAUGAGGCAGUGGGGAAUGUCACGGCACUGCAGCUGCUGGACUGGCUGAUGGUGAACCUGUGAUCAGCAACCCCACUGCUUUCCCCUCUUCCGGCAGUGGGCCUGGCCCUUAUCCCCACCCUUCUUUCUCAUUUCCACAGCUCCCCCUCUAUAUCCUUACAGAGCCCUAACAUUAUCUUCAUAUCACUCUCAUCAAAGACAUGUCAUCUUAUGCUAGUCACUGGAUUUUGCAGAUUUUCCUGUCCACGAGUGCAAGGACGUAAAAUUAAAAAAUUACAACUAAAUGACUCCACGUGUUUUGCUUUCUUGGGAUCCAAUGGAACAAUCAGGUAGAGAAAUCCCAGGAGUGAAAAAAUAACUAGAUGAAUGCCAGAGGUACAGCAGAGCUGGACUGAGGGGCCCUGCUGGAGGUCACUCAGCCUGUCCCCGUCUCUGUCACAAUUUGCAGCUUCCUCAUUCUCUUAAACUAAACCACAGUUUAUCAAUAAUUCAUUUUAGCCUUUUAUAACCAUGAAAAUCAGAAGAUACUUUCUAAUAUUCAAUCAAAAUCAUCCCAAUUACAAUGUUGAAGACUUGGUUUCCCUUUCUCUGUAGAGCUGCAGACAAUGUCCGCCUCCGACUUCAUCCAUGGUUGAAGUUCGUGUCAAGAAUAUUCCCAAGGAUCUGAAUUCUGUUGCUGGUUUUGUUGCUUUCUGGCUGGCUAUAGAACCUGGGAUAAGAUACCUGUUCUAAUACUGCUCUGACUUAAUAUACAUAUCACCCUACUUAAGAAAUACUUUCUGUUCUUAUCCUGAAUUUUCUGUGGAAUUUUAUAUUCUUGACCCUUCUUUCCUUUUAGAAACUUUUCCAUUGGCUUCUAAUUUUCUUCCUGUAUCUCUGGGUCUCUUGGGGGACCUCCUCAACUCUGUCAACUCCUUUUAUGUUUAUCUUUCCUAGGACUUACUUUCAACCCUCUGCUAUUCUAACUCAAAUCUUCCCUGGGAGAUUGCAUCCAAAUCCAUUGCUUUAAUGACUUGGUGUCAAUGUUCAUAAAAUGUUAUGCAACAAUUAAAAUGAAAAGUGUAUUGAGGGGAGGUUAUUCCAAAUGGCAAGUAAAAAAGAAAACUAAAACUAUUUUUAUAUAUUCUAUAUUGUUUCUGAUGUUAUAAUCUUGUUUCACGUAGAAUUCUAUCUGCCCUAUUAUAAUCACAUAAAGGUUAUGUAUUUGUGUAGAUAAGGAUUAGAAAGGGAAGUAAGAAGGCAUACUUAGAUUUGCGGUAUGAUAGAUAAAUGAAUGUGUCCUGCUUGUUCCCCUCCUUUGGGAAAACUUCCAUCCCUUGCUCUAGUCUAGAGAAGCAUCAGUCACAGUACCUUCACCAUCACUGUGGGCUUGGGGCCCUGACUGGCCAAGCAUCCCAGUCUCCCAGGCACAGUUUCUGUGUCACAAUCAUUUUGGAGACUUCCUGUCAGCAAAGAAGCCUGCAUCUUUUGACUGGAUGUUGGUGGUUAAUUUCUGGGCAGAGCCUGUCAUCAGGAUGGAGUUAACCAUAGAGAGAAGCAAGGUUAAUAGAUGAAGAGGAAGUCUGAACCCUACAACCUCAUUUGAAUUCCUGGAUCCCGCUGUGCCUGAAACUACAUCUACCCUUUCUGAUUCCCCAAUUAUAUAAGUCAAUAAAUGUCUUCUGUUGUUUAAGCUA